AUAAUUUCAUUUGGUAUUUAAGGAAAUAUAUACACUUAGUUGGAUAACUCUUUUGUUUUAGUUACCUUCAUCUAGCCAUAGGGAACCUCAUCCAAUGGAAGGCAUAGAGAAACGCAUGAGAUUGGUUGAGAGGUGUUUAAGAACACAUGGCUUUAGUUUACAAGACCCUGAAACUGUUGGGGAUGACAAAGAGGGGGAAGAUCACCGGUUGGUCCUGAUAGAUAAGAGGUUGUCCAGAGUUGAAAAGGUCCUCCAAGAUAAGGGUCUCUUGUCGGAUGACCAACGAAGUAAGCAUGCGACCGGUUCUACUGUGGUGAGGGAAGAGCAUACUGCAGUUGGUGAAGCUCUGGACCAAGCUGCAGCGGAAUUAGAGGAUUUGCAACAUAGUGCAGAAAUGGUGGAGGUUAUUUGGCCCACUGAUGUCCAAGGCGAAAAGUUCCUUCGAGAUGCCACAGUUUUUGAUGAGGCUAUGGAUCAAGGUGAAGCGGAAGAAGAGGAUAUGCACCAUAGUGCAGAUGACUUGGAGGUAGAGUAACUUUUGCAUCGUAAGGCAAUGGAGAAAGCAAAAGCCAUAUCCCAAUUUCCGAGGACUUAUAAAAGGGCACAGAAAAAACAGAAAGUCAACAAAUUGGAUGAUUCGCCCAAUUACUCAAGUAGGUUUCUGAUGCCUAUAAGUACUGCACUUACGGAGCUCCAUAGGUCUACUCCAAUCGAUAA